GUACUCUUGAACAAAUAUCAAUCAAAACACCCACCAUAUACAAGCAAUAAUGGUCACAAAAACAAAAACAAUGUCUCUAUCAUUGACACUCCUCCUCUUCAUCCUUGUAUCUACCUUCUCCGUAACCUCAACACUAAGAAACCUCUCUCCAGCGGCUGAAAACAAAGGAGUAUGGUGCAUAGCGAAUAAUAAAGCGACAGAUGAGCAGCUACAAGCGAAUAUAGACUGGUGUUGCAGCUACGAAGGAGGAUUCCGUGAUUGUACACCGAUCAAUCCUGGUGGAGUUUGCUAUGAACCAAAUACUCUAAGAGACCAUGCAUCGUACGUAAUGAACUUGUAUUACCAGAAUCUUGGUUCCACCAAAGCCCAAUGCACUUUCAACGGAGUAUGGUGCAUAGCGAAUGACAAAGGGACAGACAAGCAACUACAAGCGAAUAUAGAUUGGGUUUGCAGCGACGAAGGAGGAUUCCGUGACUGUGGAGCGAUCAAAACUGGUGGACCUUGCUUUGAACCAAACACGGUAAGAGACCACGCGUCGUUCGCAAUGAACUUGUAUUACCAGAACCUUGGUGCCACCAAGGCACAGUGCAAUUUCCAUAACACUGGCAUUGAAGUUUAUACCGACCCAAGCCAUGGCUCGUGUGUUUUCGUAUCUUAUUAGCAUUUUAAUUUCCGGUUAACAUGUAUGUGUGGUUUGGCCGAAACUCCAGUUAAAUAAGUUGAAAAAAAAAUG